AAAUAGAAUAGUUUCAUGUCUGUUUGGACGGCGGCCCAGCUGAAACUAUGCUCCGCCGCUUGACUGACAGUGGGACGUGGGCUUUUUCUCCUCAAGAGGAACUUUUGAGGCCGGUCACGUUGAGACUCGGAGCAGUCGUACCCCAGCAGGCUUCGGAGGCGGCUGGCCCGGCGGGGCUGUGAGUCAGGAGACGCAGCGAGGGAAAGACCAGAGUGAAGCAAAGUGUGAGGGUGGAAAGAGUCUGUCUGGAGUGAAGAGGACGAGAACCUUGAACGGUAACUAUGAGCCCCGACGGGAAGAUCCUCGGUCACUGACGGAGAGAAUGGGUGCUGAUCUGAAGUGAGAUGGCGUCAGAGAGAAUGGCGACUCCUCCGAGCAGCUCCAGACAGAGCAGCUCGCUCUCUUCGUCGCCGAUGAGCGCCCGUAUGCAGUCUCUGCAGGUGGACUCCGUCCAGCGCUGGAUGGAGGACCUUCGCCACAUGACGGAGGUGGAGUGCAUGUGCGUCCUGCAGGCCAAGCCCAUCGGGGUGGAGGAGGACGCCCAGCAGGGAGAGCUGAUCGUGGCGUCCGGCGCCGGCUCCGGGGACCACGUGGCCCGGAACAACCUGCAGACGCUGCUGCGCCGGGCGCUGGUGGUCAGCACGGAGCUGGGCAAAAUGUUCCAGCGGCUGGAGAAGGGCCGCUGGCAGAGGGUGCACAGCACCGCCGUGAGGGCCAACUGCCACGUGCGCUCUUUAGUGCACGAGUACAGCGCCGCACGGAGCACGCCGCCCGAGAUGCAGAAGUACGAGAAAUCUCUGCUGGAAAAGUGUAUGGAGCUGACGAACAUCACAGAAAGGUGCCUUCACACUGACGAUGAAUUCUUCCUGAAGUCGAUGAGGGAGGCCAUCCACGAGAUCCUCACGGACGUCAGUGAUUCAUUCAGCAACAUGAUUGACAUGGCUUUAGCCAAUGAAAUCAGGGUCCUGAUCAGACAGAUUGAAUCAUCAGACAGCGUUCACGCCAUCGGCAGUGCCAUCAGCAACCUGCUGUCCCUCACCCAGGAUGGACCCCAGCUCUGCAGCAUCAUUGCCAAGGAGGGAGCUGUGGUGGCGCUCUUCAAGAUCUGCAGACAGGACCGCUUCAGAGACCUCUACGCUCACGCCUUGAGGACGGUGGCCUCCAUCUGCUGUGUGGAGGAGGGCAUCAACCAGCUGGACAAGGUGGACGGGAUCCUCUGCCUCGCCGACAUCCUGACCGACGAGAGCAGCGUGGAGGCGGCCCGGGCCGAGGCGGCCGCCGUGGUGGCUCAGAUCACGUCUCCUCACCACACGUCCACCCAGCACCUGGCCAGCUUCCUGGAGAGCAUGCACGACAUCGUGACCGCGCUCAUCAAGCUGUGUGAGAGCGCCUCCUGUGGUGAGGUGUUCCUCCUGGCUUCCGCAGCCCUGGCGAACAUCACCUUCUUCGACAGCAUGGCCUGCGAGAUCCUCCUGCAGCUCAACGCCAUCCACAUCCUGCUGCAGGCCUGCAGGGACCGCCAGCGAGUCGACACGCCCUACUCCAAAGACCAGGUGGUGACAAUCUUGGCAAACCUCUCAGUCUUAGAGCAGUGUGCGCCUGAAGUCAUGCAGGAACAAGGAAUCGAGCGACUGCUGCUGCUGCUGGGCGAAAAGCCGUCGUCUCCCAGUCCGUCGGAGGGCGCAGCCUGCGAGCGAGUCCAGCAGAAAGCCGCCGUCACUCUGGCCCGUUUGAGCCGAGACCAGGACGUGGCUCAGACAGCCGUCCAGCUCAAAGCCAUCCCUCGCCUUAUUGAGCUGUGUCGCUCCCCUACUGAGAGGAAUAACAGCGACUCGGUGCUGGUCGCUUGCCUGGCCGCUCUGAGGAGGCUCGCAGCAGGAAGUCCAGACAGCAUCGAGGCGGCCGACCACCAGCAGCUGAUCAAGCCUCGCCUGGUCGACUCCUUCCUGCUCUGCUCCAACAUGGAGGAGAGCUUCGUAUGACGGCCUGCCGCCCAGCAGGGAGCCCCGGGCGCGCCGUCACGCCGGAUCCAGCCCCGCCAAGUGCAUUUAUUUAACGACUGAAGCCUUGUUUGCCACUUUAUGUACUUCAGAAAAUUGAUGGAAUUUUAAUAUUGAACGACGUGGAUGUGCGUGAAUUUAAAAAAAGAAGCAUCACAUCAGCUUGAACUGCAGAUAUUUGUGUAAAUGUAGAUAAACGUGUUGCUCAGUGCGGCUCAGUAGAAAGCUUCGUUCUAUGGAGAAGCAGUUAUUGAAUCGGUUCAUGUUCUGUUUGAGGUCGUACCGCAUAACCCGGUCUGAAAUGAAACACUUUAUAUUAUACCACUGUGCAAUUGUUUUUGGGUUUUUUUUUUGUCUCUGAACAGUUUUUCCAAAGCAAAGAAUCUUUGCACAUUUUAAAUCAUCCACGUUCCUUUGAAUGUUUUAGAGAACCAAA